AUGGGUGGCCUAUUGAGUGCAGCAACUCAUCCUCUCAGUAAGUAUAGACAUGGUAACAAGCCCUACGCAAUUGUCACUGGAGCGACAUAUGGUAUCGGUCGAGGACUGGUAUUUGAGCUGGCACGGAAUAAUUUUAAUGUUGUUAUUCACGGACGAAAUCCAGAAAAACUUCAUAAUGUGCAACGAGAAAUUAUCGAUCUUUAUCCGACAAUAAGUGUACAAAUAGCGAUCCUCGAUGCUGCUGAGAAUACAUUGUCAGACGCAAUAACAAAUGUUGUCAAGGAGUUACAUGCUAUGAUGAAUGCUAAUACACUUUUUCCAACAUCACUCACCCGUCAGUUACUGCCACAGCUUCAACGAGCGGUGCCUUCAGUAAUAUUGAAUUUAUCAUCAGGAGCAGCUAUUACAUAUCCGCCAUUUCUCAGCACCUAUGCUGGCUCGAAAGCCUACAAUCUUGCUUUCAGUCAUGCUCUGUACAACGAAAUGACACAUCUCAAGACAAAUGUACAUGUUCUUGCUGCUCUUGUUGGUACCGUGAAUUCGGCAGCCAAUAAGGCGCCUGUGUCGUUCUUUUGCCCAUCAAGUAUGCAAUACGCGAAAACACUUUUAGAACGAGUGGAUCAACAUGGGCCUGUUAUCACUGGCAACUGGCAACAUGGGUUACAGAUGGCAUUCUUUAAUUUUAUACCACAUUGGAUUGUCGACUAUCUGAUGAUACACGUGACACACAAUGACAGCAUAGAAAAAAAUAAAGAUAAAUAA